AUGACUGGAAAUCAGGAAAUUGGAAAUAAGGAAACAGAAACUUCCUCGGCGUACCAUCAGCUUCAACAGCAACUUGCGACACUUGAAUAUAAUGAAACAUUUACUUCCGAAUCAAUUUUACUUAUUCAAAAACUUCUCGAAGAUUUAGUUAUCACUGCAGAGAUUU